AUGCCUGACACAGCAGGGACCUGGACGCCUGCCGACAGUGUCCGCGCAAUUCGCGCAGCCAACCAAGCAACUGCUGAAGGCCAUUGGUCCGACUCAGCCAUGAAGCGGGCUACUACCCGCGACAAGGAUGCCUUCACCGAGCAACCUAAUGAAACUACAGCAAAUGAUGCGCAACUCAUGUCCACCGCAAAACCGCAGUGUUCUACGACCAGAGCCAGUGCCACCUCAACCCUGACCUUCCUGCCGCGUGUGCAUUCGGGUGAAAUAAAUCAGCACAUCGAGGUACCGCAUGCUUCGGUACAGAGGAAAAGACAGUCGUUUCCACCGGAAGAUAGUGUCGCAACCUUCCCGCGUCAAAAUGCGCAGGAGGUGGCGCUCCAAAGAACAGAGACGCUUACGAACUCUAUUCUGCCAUUGCAUGAGUCAGCUUUGAUAAAAGGCCUUAGAUCUACAACUACAUCUCCCUACUGGAGCAGUCAAAAACAGACAGCAAUAUUGCAAUCGGCAUAUACCCCUCUCAAGGAACAACCUAGUAUCGCGCCGAUGAAAGUCGAUGCUGAGGCCUCGGAUAGACUUAAGAGAACAUCCCUGCAUUCACCUUCGGAAUCCGAGCGAGAGCCAUCAAAGAAGCCAAAACUCGAUUCAGGGCUGGCGAGAAAGAGCUGGCAGCAAAGCAAGCACCGGUCAGGUGUGAGGGUAGAGAUGAAGCGAGAUGGGGCCUGGAAAGCCCAGCUGGCAGCAAAGGACAACGCAAAGCUGUACAACGAGGAACAUAACAGCGCUGGUCAAGCAGAAGAACUUGCGCCGCCCAUCGCUGAACGGGAGAAUCAUAUCCAACACGAACAGGGUGAAGUUCAUCGUCGUGCAGCCCCAGAUGUACCACAGAUCCAGGGAGACCUUGUACAGCAGGAUGCGUCACAGCUUAAGCAGGGUCAGCAGUUAGAAGAAGCGGCACAAGAUCAGCAAUGCCCUCUACUGGAUGAGGAUCCGCGUUCGGAGCAAGAACUCGCGACGAAGGAAGCACCACAGCUGGCGAAGAAUGAGGGGACGAAAGAGCCAAAACCCUUUCAUCCGAAUCUCUCGUCCGAAGAUGGAGCGAACAAUCUGCAAGACAUAGCACCCGGAGAAACAGAACACACUCCACAGGGUGUUGUACCAGAAGAAGCGGAACAGAGCUUGCAAAAGCUAGCAAUGGUAGAGGAAGCGCAAGAGCAACAAGACUCCGAAUUCGAGGCAACAGAUCUACUCCAGCUAGAUGUUGCACCCGAGCAAUCGUUGCAAGCGCUACACGGACCCGCGACGGUGAAGGACGGCCGCAAGAAGAGGAAGAAGCGCGGGCUCGGAACGAAGAGACGACUGGCAAAAGAGAGGACGGCAGCAGAGAGCGCAACCAAAGAGGCAGCAACGAAUGCUGAAGAUCUAAUCGAUGGAAGUGAAGAAGACGUGAGAGAUGAAGAAGUAACAAAAAAGGAGAAGAAACCAGACAAAAGGACUCGCGUAAAACUUCGUCAGCAAGCCCAGGAAGCUCAGGAAGCUCAGGAAGCUCAGGAAGCUCAGGAAGCUCAGGAAGCUCAUGAAGCGCAGGAGGCCCAGAAAGCCUAUGGAGUUCAAAGCUCCUAUAUCUACGAAGCGAUCGAGAUGACCAGUGUUCCACGUAACUUGGGCCAGCUCGAAGAGAUCGCAUCUCGAUUUGUAGAAUCGUUCGGGCAGGACAAACAGGUCGAUGCCCCUCAUCCCGAUUCACUCCAGGAAGAAAACCAGCUCGGAUCUCAAGCACCGUACGAUAACCUGCAUGAUGCGCUUGGACGUAAUAGGAUGAUUCGAAACCUCGAUCAUCUCCAAUCUACAGCUUCUCGGUUUGCCAAUUUCACGAAGAAAGAUGUACGGUCCAACUUCAUCCGCCACAACUCUGCACAAGAAGUUGUCUUCUAUCUUCAACUCAUGGAAGAGACUGGGCUGCCUGUAGGCCAUUCGAGAAAGGAUCCGCACCAUUGUGACGCUCUGCUCUCUCUUCUCCAGCCUGGCAUCUCGGAGCCUACCACCAAGGCGCCUAUGCAUCGUGAUCUGCCUGACAAUACGCGCAAUACUACCAAGAGUGCUUCCCUGCCUCAAGUUGACAUAGACAGACACCUGCAGUAUCAAGAUGCUCUCCUGUCUCUCCUCAAAUUUGGAGCCUCUCUGCCUGUGACUGCGCGGCACUCAUAUACGAACAUGCUCAAGAAAGCGUCCGGUAGCGCAGUCCAGACCUACAAUCAAUCCACACAGCAUGCGCAGGAAGAUGCGCGGGCCCUUGAAGUAUCAUCAACUAAAGCACGAAACCGAGAUUCGUAUACUGUCGUAAAGCAGAGCGAGAUGGAGGAACUCAAGAACCGUCUGCGUGCGUUAGAAGUCGAGAACAGGUUUCUGAAAGGGAUGCACGACCAGGAAUUGCAGCACGAAGCGAGGGUCUCCUUGUAG